GAUUGGAGUUUGUGGUUUGAAGCGCGGCUUUCAAUUCGUCCGAGUAGGUGCCAGUUAAGAGAACAUUGCAAACCCUUGAAUGGCGUCUGGUUUGAAAUCAGGCUGUAUACGAGUUACUAUUAAAGUUGUUGUUUUUUAAAUAAUACACUUUAUGUUAAUUCCACAUCUCAUUUAAAAAGUCAGCGCAUCGGUGACUUUUUAAGUCAUGUUAAAGAGAAGAUACAGUAGUACUGGUAGUGGUGGAAGAGCGUCCCGAAGGAAGAAUAUUUUUGCAGGAUUCGAUGAGUUUGGUUUUGCAAUUUUUAAAACCAAAUCACGGGAAGGGACAGUGCAACACCGAUGCCAUGAGUACAGCUACCCUAAAGCAGAUGAUGGGAAGGUGAAGGGACUUUGUGAACUCCUCAGCAGCUGGGAUGAUGCUGAUGACACCUGCAUAGUUAAGGUCGCUUGUUUUGUCAGAACAGGGAUUCCCCCUGAAUUGCGUGGCCGUGUAUGGAAAUGUCUCUUGGGUAUUCAUACACUUCAGGAAAGCAGCCCUUUCAUUUAUCAGGAAUGCCUAAAGGGAAUAAGAAGGCAGCUUGUUGACCUGGGUGUGAGUGAGUUUGGGAUUGGCUCUGCUAUUGCUACUCUGAGUGAGGCAGAGAAUGAGAUGGAGUCCAAGAAGAACACUUCCCAAUCUGCAGCCAGCUCUUCAGAGUUCAGCGAUGUUGUGCUCUUCAGGCAAAUAGCUCUUGAUCUUCAAAGGUCAUUUCCUACUCAUCGUUCUUUAAUGGGUGACGCACCUGAAGCCAUAGAAGGCCAAGCCAAGCUGUUCCGUGUCCUCAUAGCGUAUGCAAUAUACAAUCCCUGGAUAGGCUACAGCCAAGGAAUGUCCUACAUAGCUGCCAUGCUCCUGAUGAACCUGUCUGAAGAAGAGGCUUUCUGGGCUCUAGUUGCAUUGCUGGAAGGACCAAACUACUUAGCAGGACUGUUUGAUCAUUCCUUAGAUAAAAUUCAGCACAAUGCCAAAGUAUUUCAGCAGCUACUUAAACACAGAAUGCCUCGACUUUGUCAACAUAUUGAAGAUCUUGGAGUGACAACAUUGCAUUUUGUCACUCCGUGGUUCUUAACCCUAUUCACCUCCCUACCUUGUUGGGAUACGGUGCUGGCUGUAUGGGACCACAUCAUUCUAAAUGGCAUUGUGGUGGUUUUCACUACAGGACUGUGUAUUUUACAGCAGCUUGAGUCGCGACUGCUGGAAAUGUCGGAUGUGUCUCUCCUCCUGCCCACGCUGCUCAGGGUGCCUGUUGAUGUAUCCAGACACAGUGUUUUGGUUCCAGCACUGUGGAGGAGUGAAGUACACAAGUGGGAGAUUGAUUGCAUGCAAAGCCUGGUUCUAGAAGAGGAGGGAGAAGAACCUGUCCCAGGGAAGGGUGGGAAGCAGGGAUCCCUGAAACGGAAAAAGAGCAAGAAGGAGAAAAGAAACCUGGCAGGGGCUAACGGGUUAGAUGCAAAGAAACCAGCACAGUUUACAAACCGAGGAACAAUGGGAGGUGCCACAAAGAACAUAUUCACAAAAAUGUUGAGAGUAGCUCAGCGUUAUCUGCAAGAUCCAGGCCAAGCAGUGGAAAGCUGUGAGAUAAAGCAGCCCCCUCUGAACAGAAGUCCGAUUGUUCAAGACCGUUCCAUGCGAAUUUCAGCUACUUCCUUCAGCAGAGGCCAGAUAAGAGGAAGAAAAAAACUCCAGAGCAGCUACAAGGAGGAUAAACACAGGGAUCGCUCCCAGGGUUUGGCAGCAACUCGAUCCAGGCAACACUCCAUUCAGUCACCCAUGGAUUUAAUGAGAGAAAUUGCAGGGGAACGCUGCCAGGGUUCGGUACUGAAGAAGAGACACUCGGGGGCAGCUAAAAGGCAGAUGGUCAGGAGAAGCUCAAGCCAGCAUAGCCAGGGUAGAGUCCUGCGUCCCCAUCGGGACGAGCAGCUGUUCUCUCCUUCGAAAGACCGUCAAGCCGAGGGGAUGAGAUCCCAGUCUCAGAUGGCAGCAGCUGUCUGCGAGUCAAACUUGGGACCUGCACCUUUCCAAGCCAGGGAGUCGUCACCAGGAAAUCGCACAUUGAACAAGAGAGAGAGUCCCUUGGAGAAUACUCGAGAGUCUCGACUUAUCUAAUAUCAUCGAUCUAACAAACUCCACAUAUAAAUUAGCCUUGUAGAAGGCACCCGUAACUGGGUCGAUUUUUUGUUUGUUAAUAACAGCACUUGAAAGAAAACUUGCACUGCUGCUUCUGCUUUUAAAGGGCAGAUUACGUGUGAUUGGAAAUUGAAGAAACUACCAACAGGAUCACGGUUGGUUCACUUUAAUUUAACAUUUUAAGUUUCUAUUAAUAGCCUGGCUACUGAUGGUAGUUCUGUAAAAGGUAUUGUAGCCAAGCAGAGGCCUGUUCUAAAUGGCCAAACCAACCCAUCCUGAAAUUGUAGAACCAGGUAAUGAUUUGUUAGUAUUAUCUUGUUUUAUAGAAUAAAUUGUUAUUUAAAGUUG